AACUAAAAAAAGAACAGGAAAUUGACCUCACCAUUGCUAACGUGGAAAAUACUACCCAUGGCAAAGGAAUAUCUCGCAAACAUUAUCAAGAGUUAAAAAAUUGCGGAAUUGAUAUCAUGACUUCGGGUAAUCAUAUUUUCGCUAUCGAAGAAACCAGAAAAUAUAUCAAUGAUGUCCCCGAUUUACUAAGACCAGUUAACUCUAAUCCUUACCAUCCAGGACCGGGAACCAUUUUGACUAAAAUUAAAGGGAAAAAAAUUCGGAUUACUAAUUUGAUUGGCAAUAAUUUUAUGCCAAACGCCCCUGAAAAUCCUUAUUCAGCCUUUGAAAAAGGAACUGGUUUUAUUACUGAUUUAGGAAUGACUGGUCCUUAUGGGGGAAUUAUCGGUGCUAAACCCGAAGUAAUUUUUCAACGAGCCAAAUAUGGUUUACCGGCUAAAAUGACCCCCGCUGAGGAUAACGGACAAUUUAACGGAGUUAUUUUGGA